CAGCCUGUAAGGAAAACGCAGUCGUAUAUCAGAACAGCAAGGCGUCAGACUGGUAAGUUUUUACAUCUGAACACCUGAAGCGCAUUUUGAUCAUUGACUCUAAAAAGCGGCCCAUCACAAUGUUAUAUGCGACAAAUAUACUCGGCAUAUGGGGACAAGGAGCCGGCUUUCACACAGCCGAUCUGUGCUGGUGCUGAGGAGAAAGUAAAGUUAUAUCAAGCGGUGCCAAUGACAUCAAGGUUGAUUUUGCCACUAGUUGCUGUUGAUGCCACCAUGGCCGCAACAAUGGAUGUCUCGCCAAUAGAAACAGGUCCGGCCGCACCGACGAACGAGAGUAGCAACCCCUCACCAUCGAAUCUCAAUCCCACUAUCCUCGGUGCUGUAUUCGGAGGCAUAGGCGGCUUAGCGCUAAUAGUUUUCGCGUUUUGGUAUGGGCGAAAACAGGGGAUCGAGAAGAGAGCUUCGAAGGGUAAAAGCGUAUAUGAAAUGAAAACGUUCUCGGCGACGCAAACUCCAGAGAACAUCUCAUCCGUUAGCUUUGAGGCAAACCCGAGACUGGGGCCCUCGAAGAUAUCUGGGCCAUCCGCAAUAGCGGGAACACUCAACAGGUGACGCUGGUGGUACUUGACGAAGGUGUUCACUUGUGAUAAGGAUGUAAAAAGAGAUAACUUUUGUAUAUUAUUCCAAAAAAUGCUAAUAUUCUGGCAAUACUGCUCAAUUUCGGAUUAUGUGGCGCCGUGUAUAUACCUCAUUUACCGCGAUGCAGUUCUCAUACCUUGUGAUAGUUGACGAAAGUAAUGUGUCUACUAAGACGGGAGGAAAAGAAUGGACUCGAAGAUAAUGUCUUCGUCAU